AUGAACUUUAUUCCUUCAGCGUUGCGACCACAGGGUCGAGAUCGCGUACAUAAUGUCGAGGACGGGCUCUCGGGGAGCACCUUGCCAAUGGCCAUUGGAACACCUGCGCAAACAGUGAUCAAUCCAGCGACAAUGGAAAACGACCACAACAGCCAGCUUGCUAGGUUUAGACACAUGGUUGGCAUCCACAGUACUCGAGGCUUCUUCGGCGCCGCAGAUACAUCCCACAACAAUCUGCACUUUGAGGGCCGCGCCGCCCCAAAUCUUGGCAUAUACAACCGCGUCUGUCACCGCGAAGCCCAGGCAAAGCGCGGCUACAAACUCGCCUCCUUCUUGAUCAACGGCUGUCUGGGACUGCAAGUCAUCGUAGCCGCCGCUCUCACCGCCAUGGGCGCUGCCAAUACAAGCCAUGUUUCUAUCACCGCCUUCGGCGCUAUCAACACCGUGAUCGCGGGAAUUCUUACGUAUCUGAAGGGCUCCGGACUUCCUAAUCGCAUUCGCUGGGCCGAGAAUGAGUGGAAGAAGGUCCGUGAAUACAUUGAGCAGCGCGAACGCGACUUCUCCCGUCCGGACUGUCAAAUCGACCUUCAAGAAAUAGUUCAACUCAUAGAGGCGAUGUACGAGGAGGUCAAAGCCGACAUCCAACACAACACGCCAGACGCAUAUAUCAGCAUGAGCGAUCUGCGCAACAGGGGUCAGUCAAUGCUCCCUCCUAUCCCAACAGUGCAGCAUGUGGUUCAAGGCGCGCAGAGCCAGGGACGAAGCAAGCUACAGGAGCUGGAGCUGAAGUACGGACACAAAGUCGCAGACUUCCUUGAGGGUCUGGCACAUGAGGAGGAGAAGCGGUUGAAAAAGCUGGAAGACGAUAUUGAGGCUAGGAGAGAAAGAGCAGUGCAGGCGGGACAGAACGCAGUGCAGGGCGGGAAAGACUGGGGAAAGGAGAUGGAGGAGAAGGGGAGACGAGCUGCGGAACGCGAGAUCGAACAUGCCCGUGAAGGGUUGACACAGCGGCGCAAUAACCUUGAGAAUACAGUGGCAGUUACCACAACGAACGCCGUGCAGGCUGGACGGGACUGGGGGCAGGAUCUAGAGAAGAGGGGGCUCCAGGCAGCGGAACGCGAGCUCGAACGUGCGCGCGGCGAUAUCGAUCAAAGACGGCAAGAGCUCGAACGGAGUGUAGACGCGGCUAGGGACGUCGCACAAGUUGGGCAGAGUCUGGGACAAGAGAUUAAAACACAGAGCGACAGAAUUACCGAAGCACAUCGAGACAUCGAGCGAGAGGCACAGCAGGCGCGAGAGGCCGCAGACAGAGCUCAUGAGAGUGUGCAGAGUGCCGCGGCUGGAGUGAGAGGGUUUGCAGACAGCAUACAGCGGAUUGGGAAAGCGGUGCAUGAAGAGCUGCCACCACAGAAGCGUAGCUGA